GCCCCAUUUCACCACAAAGUCUGUCCAGUCCUGUAAUCCUCUUUCAUUUCCACUAUGAAGAUCGGAGUAUGGAGAAGUCUCCUCCAUCUGACAAUAGUUUGUCAAAUGGCUUUAUCAUCUUUGGCAGCUGAAGAGAUCAGACUGGUCAAUGGCUCUAGUCGCUGUUCAGGAAGAGUCGAGGUUCUUUACGAGGGCCAGUGGGGAAGAGUAUGUGGUCAGAACUGGGACAUCAAUGACGCCAAUGUGGUUUGUGUCCAGCUGGGAUGUGGGAGGGCUAAAAGUGUCCUAGAUAGUGCCCAAUUAGGACACAGGGGUGGUGGUGGGACUACAUGGCUGGAUAAUGUUGGGUGUCGAGGUAAUGAGAGUUACCUCACAGAAUGUUCACAUGGAGGGUUGAAACACCAAGACUGUUUUCAGGCUAAAGAUGCUAUAGCUGUCUGCUCAGUUAAACCAAACAUCCGACUGGUUAAUGGGACAGACCUCUGCUCUGGGAGGGUGGAGGUCUAUCAAGCUGGCCAGUGGAAAACUGUGUGUGGAGACACAUGGGACCUGCAAGAUGUUAACGUUGUGUGUAGACAGCUGGGUUGUGGAAAAGCGCUGUGGGCCCCAGAGAAGGCCUACUUUGGUCAGGGCAGUGGGCCCAUCUGGCAGCAGGAUGUUGCCUGCUCUGACAGUGAGUGUUCAAUCACACAGUGCUUACACACAGCACAAGGAACGCAUUAUUGUAGUAAUGGAAACAUCGCUGGUGUUAAUUGUUCAGGUUUGGUCUUGCAGAAGCCUUCCCUCUCCAUAGACCCGUCCUAUUCUGACAUCUUACAUGGAGAGCAGGUCCAACUCACCUGCAAUCUCCCAACCCUCAUCCCAUGUAAUGCUGUAGAAUUCAUCUUCAACCUGAAUGGAGACUCUGUCAUGAAUGUAACUGUUGGAUCCUCACAGUCCAGAGUUAUGUUAACCCAGUUUAAAAUGGAUGCUUCACAUCAGGGCAGAUACAGCUGUCUCUACAGAACCACCUCUAAUGGCCAGGCCGUCAGCUCUCCUUACAGUAACUCAACUGAAGUGGUCCUUCUACAUCCGAAAAUCUCCCUCAUUGCUCCAAAUCGUUCGAUUUUCUGGGGAUCUAAGGGGUCAGAGGUCACCAGGGGUCACAGCUUCUCCAUCACCUGCUCCAUUCAGCCACGGUAUCCUGGAGGUCUCUUCCAUCUGGACUUCUCUGGCUCCAACAGGACUGAGACUAAGCCAGCAGUCAACCACUCUGCCUCCUUUCACUUCCCUGUUGCAGGGUAUAAACAUGAGGGGAACUACAGAUGUAGCUAUGAAGUCAACGUUUCCACUUGGGCAUUAGGGUCAGCUAAGAGUAAUCUGACCGUCACCAUUAGAGCAUCCAUGGUCCCCUUCAUUGCCUCUGGAGGGACUGGUGUGCUGAUACUGCUGUCACUGUUUCUGGUUGUCCUCUAUCUAGUCAGGAAGAGGACAAGGGGGAGCAGGAAUCCAUCUACAGAGACCAACCAGAGAGAAUGUACUGAGAACAGAUACAACAGGUGGGAGGAAAACGAAGAAGAACCGGACUAUGUGAAUCUUGAAAACCUGUGUUACGGGAAAUGUCCGGAGAGAGUGAAUGGUGAACUGAACAGGGAGAAAAUCACGAACAACUAUGGAAAAGCAGAGGAUGGAUAUGUCAAUGGGAAGGAGCGUGAAGGAAAGGAAGAGAUUCAAAAUAAAGGUGUUUUGGGGGUGUCUUGUUUGUCAAUAAUCAGUGACAGCCCUGAUGAAGAUUAUGUUAAUGUGUCUGUUCAGGACAGUACUGGACUGCACAGCGUGAAUGAGGACUUUUAUCAAAAUGUUUCCAAGGUGUUGUAGAAGACUGACCGUACUUGUACCGCUACUUCUCACUCAAGUAUUUCAUUUGCAUCCACACAUGAUUUGAUUAUAUGUGACAUGCAGAGUAAUAGCCAAUAUCCAGGGGCUGUAUUCUCAAAACAUCUUAAGGCCAAAAGUAUCUCCUUACUUGAUGAUUUAGAAGUAACUCUUUAAACAAAAUGGGUGUGUCAGUCCUAACUUUAGGACUCCUAAAUUUUUGUUCUAAGAGUAUUUCACAAAGAUUUUAGCACUAAAAGCUGCAUCUAAAUCUGUGAAAAGUUAGGAGUAGUCAAGAGGACACAUAAGUCACUAAGUCGUAAACAAUCCUAAAAGGGCUGGUGCCAGCAAUGGCAUUUUACACUGUAAUGUACAUUUGUUGCUAUAUUUGUACAUCUUUUUUUGCUAUAUUUUUGCCAUGUUACAAUAUUUUCAUUGUUCAGAAUGAUGCUGUGUUACU